CUCUCUGCGCCUGCGCAUGACGCGCAUUCUGAUGAGACGAUGAGCUGCAGCUGUGCCCGCGUCGUUCCUUGCUCCCUGCAGACUGAGAGGAGAGACUCGAUGUUGGAGCUGAAGAUGGAGGACUGUGUGAGCCGGGAAGACUCUUUUGAUCUGGUUUCGGUUCUUCGUCAUGAGGGUCUCACCAGCGUCUCAGUCAGCAGACUGGACCAGCUUGUUACUAAGGCUCUGAGGGGAUCCGGUCUGAGCAGGGUCCAGGUGGUGCUGAAGUCUUUGGAGAUUCUAUCAGAGAAUGAAGAGGACCUGCAGAACCUCAUUGAGCUUGGACUCACUGCCAAGGUGUCGUCGUGGUUUGAAGUGGUCCAUGUCCUCCUGACAUCUGACUCCCAGGAGAGCUCCGCCCCCCUGCUGAGCCUGACAGAGGACUUCUAUGACUACUUCCUGCUGCUGAGUCGAGCUUCUCUACCAGUUUGUCAGCUGUCUGUGGUACUUCUGCAGCUGGCUCAGAUGGCUCUGGAAACAAAAAUCCACUUCCCCCUGAGACUAGAGGCCGUCAGAACUUUGAACAGUGUUUUGGAGUCUCUGAGCAGAGAGCAGAGGAGACUGAUCCAGAACCACCCCGACCUCAGCCAGAUACUAUGGCAGAUGGCAGCAGCAGUCCUAACAGCAGGAGACUAUGAGCUGCAGGUCAGCCUGUCGGAGGCUCUGUGUCGUCUGACCCUAAGGAAGGACCGCGAGCAGAGAGCCAAUCAGUGGUUCUCAAGCCGUGGUAUCAGCAGUGCCUUCUGUGACAUCAGAGACGGAGACUUUGAAGUGGACUGUCGCCGUUUUCUGAACUUUGUCAAUGGUUACCAUGGAGACCAGAGGAGGGUCUACACCUUCCCCUGUCUCCGAGCUUUCCUUGACUCUACGGAGCUGUUUCGUCCAAAAGACGAGAAACUGGACGAGUUUUGGAUCGAUUUUAACCUCAGUUCAGGAUGUGUGAGCUUCUUCAUUGAUGAACCUCAGGGUUUCCUGUGGGGGUCUAUACACCUGCUGAAGGACGAAGUGGAUCAUUUCAGUGUUCAGCACAAACACGAUGGAUGCACUGUGGCAGAGACCGUCCUCCGCGUCAGACUCAGCAAUCCCAUUUUGCACCACAACAGCCGAGGUCAAACUGUAGAGCUGACCUUCAACUCUGAGCAUCAGCGAGACCUGGAGGAGGCUGCCGGGAGAGUCUUCACGAAAGAAAAGAGUUCUACCCACAUUAAAGGUCCAGGUGGUUCAAUCCAGGUUCACUGCCCCUCUGCAGGCAGACAGAGUGGUAGAUCCUACAGCAGGAAGAAACCACAGAGCAAGAGUCAACUGAAGAUCUUACCUCUGUCGUCUCCCGGCAGUGAAGAAGACUCCUCAGUAACAAAGACUCCGAGGCGACACUCUGCAGAGUUCCUGUUUGAUCAGAUCAUACACUCAACUCCCACAUACUGCUCAGGUGUUCCUUUAGGGGUGGAGCUUCAGAUCUCAAAGGAACAAACAGAGGAGUUUGGAGGAAGAAGCUCCCCUUUGAAAAAGGAAUUCUUGAGCUCAAACAGGAAAAGAGCCGCUCCAGAGUCAGGCUAUUUGUCAGACCAAACUGAGGGUAUGUGGGCCCACAAGAGGGCGGAGCCUCACUCAGAGAGGGAGGAGUCUAUCUCAGUACUGAUAGAGUCCUCACCUGAGGGGGCGGAGCCAGCAGAGGAUGAGGAGGAGUUAUUUGAGGAAUUGACUGGUCCACUUGAGGAAAAGGAUGAGUCUGUAGUAGAGUCAGAGGCGGAGCCAAAAUCAGACCUGACAUCUGGUGUCACAGCAGCCUUCAACACCUUUAAAUCACAGCUGGAACAAAACUUCACUGAAAGCUGGAAGAACGUGGAAGCUGAAAUUCUUCUGUCUUUAAAAGAAUGUCAACAACAUGUUUCAUCCCUGCUGACAGCUGUCCAUCAACACAGGUUAUUGUUGCUGCAGAGGUUUGACAUCAGUGUAAACGAUCAACUGAAGCGUCUGCAGGAGAACUCGACCAGCCUGAACUCCAUGAACACUCACAUCCUGAGUUAUUUUCACACUGAGAUGCAGCGACUCGGCUCUUUCUGUGAUGAACAUCUGCACAGGUUGAAGACUUUAGAGAGUGGAGGGUCCAGCAUGGAGGGUCCAGCCAGCCAAUGAGAGAAGAUGAGAGGAUGCCUCUGGACUGAUCAGAGCUGUCUGUUUUUGUUCCACUCACCAAAUGUUCAGAUUUAACACUUUUGUAUUUCCCCAUUGUUAAAGUAUCUGAUUUUUUUGUUUUGCUGAAGGUUAAAAAACAAAUAAAGAAUACAAAACAGA